UUGAUGGAUUUGUCUGCUCAAAGCUACCGUAUCGACAUGCAUCGAAAAAUUAAUAUUUAUUAGGAAAACAGAGAAUAUUUAUCAGCCUUUUGCCGUUCCCCAGUCAUCAUAUUUUGGAACAAACAUUGCAUGAAAAAUGUGGUUGACACGAAUAUUAUUUGGUCAUCGUAUUCGGAGUGGAAAGGUUCCCGGCGUGCAAUUUAUAGGCAAACAUCGCCGUUUCAGACCCAUCUCCAAAUCUAUGAUCAGAAACGUUGAACAGAGACUUGAAGUGGAGGAAGAAAAUGCUAAACAUCUAAGUCGACCAUUUCUUACCAAGGAAGAAGAAUACUGUCAUGCACAGGAAAGGCGAUCCCAGCUGAGGGAGGAAUAUAAAACAGUCCGACGUUUCAGCAAAGCACCCCCCAACCGAUACAUCGAUGACCAUUUAGCCCAUCUCAGGAUAUCAAGGAAAUGGGAAUGACCAAAGGAGCGCUGUGCAGUGUGAGAACUGCCUCAAAGAAACUCUGGGCUUUAAGCCAUUUUGUUUGAUGCCAUCUUGAAACAACGUGUGCACAUCCUAAUAUACACAUUGAUGCUCCAUGCGUUGUAACUCCCACAUGGAUGUAAAUUCACUCACUGUGAAAAGAGUAUUAUCUAGCAAUAUCCUAAAUAAUUGGUUUUGUGUUGGUGUUGCUUUCUAGUCUUGUAAGGUACUACAAGAUGCAAUGUACUAACCAGCUUCAUAAAGAGAAUCUUCAUUAUUUGGAGCAUCAACAUAUUGUCUGCUGAGAACCCCAAAAGGCACAAAGUUAUGUUCCUAAACAUAGUUUUUUUUAAUCGCCCUUCUGGCUCUCAACAGAUAAUAUGCCAAAUAUAUUUGGAAAAAAAAAAAAUUCUCAUUGCAAUCUCUUAUACCAGAAGUAAGAGGUUGUUGAAAAUUCAAGUUGUAAGUCCAUAUUGAUUAUUUGAUUCACCCCUACUUUAAAAAAAAAAACACAGAAAUUAAGUAGCUCUAGCAAGCAGCAACAAAAAGCUCAUGCUUUACCAGAAAUAUAGAUUCUCUCACAUCGAAAGUUAGAUCUUAUAGCAGCUGGUGGUUCUGCUUUAAGAGAUAUUGUGUGAUAAUUUGGUAUGUUUCUGAUAAUGUAGUUUUGGUCAAGGGAAGAAAGUGUGUGAUAGAACCACCGACAUUGUGAAGGAUGUCAAAAUCGAUUGAAAAAAGGGUGUGCUUGUAGGUAGGCAACCAGUGGACCUACGGGUUUAAGUCAUAUCUGAGUGACUUUCGAUAAUCGAUGAUAACUUUUUUAAUCUGGGGCCUACCACUGCUUUACCACCAAGCCCCCUUAAAUUCCAGAGGUUUACUUGUGUAGGGAAAUACAUGUAUUUAUGCUGAAAAAUUAGUGAUUUUAAGACAACUAAAAAUCCUACAGAUAAGUUUCCAUAGGUAAACCUAUAUGAAAUAAAAUUUCAGUGAAAGAUGCACUUGUAUUCUUGAUUGCUUCUAAGCAAGAUGUUAUCUUUGAAGUAACUGGAAAUUAAAGGCAUUUUAUAUAUUGUAAUCAAUUUCAUCCAUUCAUGUGCAUUUCUCACCAGAUUGAAUGCAAGUAUUUUGCUUAGUCCUAUUGAAUAGUCCUAUUGAAGAAAUCCCUGGGAAGAUUCAAGAUUUCACCAAUAAUAGCUCGUUUCAAAUUUACUAUCAUCUUGAAAGAGAUGGAGUGAAGUCAAUUCCUUGUCCUCGCAUUCUCACCACUUUUAUAUAUUAUUUGAACUGAUGCAUGUAUUAAAACUAUAAUAAAUACAUGAAUAUAUCAUGUUCAUGAUGACAUAAGAA